UACAGGAAACCUGAAUCAACGUUUUUUGAUGCUGCUUCAUUUUGGCUGCUUUUAUACACAGCUAAAGACAUACCUGCAUGACUCUUCACAACAGAAUCCUAAGUCAGAGAACAGGAAUAAUUAAGCAGCAUGUCUACCACAGAUGACAAACGAGAAAGGAAAGAAGGACUAAUUGAAUUUUACACUUCGUAUUCAGAUCUGUUUAAUUUCUUCUGUAGCAACACAACCAUUCAUGGAGCAAUCAGGCUUGUGUGUAGUGAAAACAAUCGUAUGAAAACCGCCUUCUGGGCAGUUCUCUUUCCAGGAACAGUGGGCAUUCUGUACUGGCAAUUUGGCCUUCUGUUUGGUCAAUAUUUCAGCCAUCCUGUUAGCAUUGGUGUGAGUGUCAACUUUAAUGAGUUGCAGUUUCCUUCUGUUACAGUUUGUACCCUUAACCCAUACAGGUAUUCUGCAGUUCGUGAAGAACUAAAAGAACUGGAUGCUGUUACCGAAGAAACAUUAUAUAAACUUUAUGGAUACACUUUCUCCAAAAAAGACCAGCAAAACAGUACAUCUCAUACCAGUGCAACAGAAAAAUCCAGAAACUCCAAUCCACUCUUCAACAAGAAAUUUGUUCUUGAGGUGCUGAACAGAGAGGCCUCUGUUAACUUCAGCAUACCUGAGAAGAAAGGAAAUAACGGAGUUGCAAAGAACAACCCCCCACUGCAAAAUCAAAACUGGCAGAUUGGUUUUAAACUAUGUAAUGCCACCGGACUGGAUUGCUAUUUUCAGGCAUAUUCUUCUGGAGUAGAUGCAAUCAGGGAAUGGUAUAAAUAUCACUACAUAAAUAUAAUGGCUCAGAUGUCCAUGAAUGCAUUAGCAGAUGAUGAGAGCAAUCCUGACAAGGCUGACAUUAAUAACUUUGUCUUCGCCUGCAGUUUUAAUGGGGCUGUUUGCAGCAAAGGAAACUACACAACUUUUCAUCAUCCAAUGUAUGGAAACUGCUACACAUUCAACAGCUGGGAAGAUGGACAUGAGUGGAGUGUUUCUACACCUGGAGUUGAAAGUGGGCUAUCAUUACUACUACGGACAGAACAAAAUGACUUCAUCCCCCUAUUAUCUACUGUGGCAGGUGCAAGAGUGAUGGUGCACUCUCAGAAUCAUCCUGUAUUCAUGGAAGAUGGGGGUUUCGAUAUUAAACCUGGUGUUGAAACUUCAAUAGGUUUAAGGCAGGAGGUUUUCCAGAGACUUGGAGGUGAAUAUGGUGACUGUCUUGAUGGCACAGAAGUGGACAUUGAGAAUCUUUAUGAAUCCAGCUAUACCCAACAGGCCUGCAUUCGCUCUUGUUUUCAGUUGAUUAUGGUGAAACGCUGUGGGUGCGCAUACUACUUUUAUCCUUUACCAAAAGGAGCAUCUUAUUGCAACUAUAACAGACAUAUUGCCUGGGGGCACUGCUAUUACAAACUGUAUAAUGAAUUUUCCUUGGAUAAUUUAGGCUGCUCUACUAAGUGUCGAAGACCAUGCCAAGACAUUGAAUAUACAAUGACUGCUGGAUAUGCCACUUGGCCAACAAAGGCAUCAAAAAACUGGAUAUUUAAUGUUUUGAACAAACAAAAUGGCUACAAUAUCACAUCUGACAGGAAUGAUAUUGCCAAAGUCAAUAUUUACUUUGAAGAUUUGAAUUACAGAACUUUUGGAGAAUCACCAGCUUUCACUGCAGUGAUGCUGUUAUCUAAUCUUGGAAGUCAGUGGAGUUUAUGGUUUGGAUCAUCAGUGAUGUCAGUAGUAGAACUUGCUGAGUUGGUGUUUGAUUUAGUAGCCAUUACUCUUAUAUUUUCUGCACAAAAAUACAUUCAAUGGAAAAAUACAGAGAGUAAGGUAAACACAGAUGGACACCAAGAGCCUAAUGCUCAUAAUGCGAUUUCCAAUGAAAAUCACCAAGAAUUUGAUUCUUUGGGAGUAAACUUUGCAUUUGAGGCUGAAGAUGCAACCCACAGCAUACAGUCAAUUCCUUCAGAUUCACCGAAUAUUGAGAUGACCACAAGCUUUCAGUUUGAUGUUGUGGCAGAUAUCAGCCCACCACCAGCAUAUGAUUCAUUAAAUUUAGAAUGCUCCUCAUUGUCACAAACAAUAAAAGGCUGUAAUGCAGAAUGCCAGUGUUCAAGAAGACUAUGUGAAAUAAAUGAAAAAGAUUAAGUGUGAUGGGCUUUAGUAUUUCAAGAGAACAAUCAUAAGAAAACAAAGUUAAAAUGUCCAUUAAAAAUACAUCAUCUUGGAUCAAAACAGAAUGGAUUGAACAUUUUCUGAUAGUUUUAAUUUUAUUCCAUAAUUUUAUUAAUGUGAUUAAAUUAUAUUAUUUUAUACCUUCCCAAUUAUGUCUACUAAAGCAAGCACAUUAUCGAAUCUUAGUUUUGUUUCAUUGGAAUUUUCCACUCAUAAAAAAAUUAUUUCCUCAAAAUUAUUUCUACAUUAUCCCCAGAUAUCUGGGUGAUGAAAUACUAUCUUUGGAAUAUUAAUUGUAUUUUGCAUCAAAGUUGUCAACACCAAUUUUUAGUCUCUGCCUUUAUCAAUUAUUUCUUAAUUUUGACUCCACAUCUUCAGUCAUAUUACAAUCAAGAUUAUUAAAUUUUACUUGAUAAUAAAUAUCACCAUUAUUUUUCACUACAUUUCACUAAUUUCUUUAUUUUGAUUAAUUCAUGUUCACUGAUAAAUUCUAAUUAAAUAUUACUGAAUUAUUUUUUAUGUUUGUAUUCAUUGUUCUCAUUUUUACGCAAGUCAAACAACAAUAUGGUGUGCUUUUUCAGCCUGUUUCCCUUGCCAUUUGAUGAGAUUAAAACA